AUGUCGACACAAGUGGCGUCCCCGCGGUGCAUCAGCCUCGUCUACUCGAACGAGCUCGUGAAAGCUCGCACCGACAGUGUCUUCCGAAGCAUGCUCCAGCAGCUCUCCGAGAACGACGACGACGACCACAACACGCGUCUCCUCAAGAAGGCGUUGCAGUACCGGAAACGACCGCCGCACGUCAACGUCACCGUCUCGGAUGAUACGGAGACCGCCGCGCCGUGUACCUAG